UAGAGGGAAGAAGCCCAUCCUGAUCCUGAGAACUCAGCUAUCUGUCAGAGUCCACUCCAUUCUAGAGAAGCUGUACAACUCUCAUGGACCUGAGCUCCGGAGGUCCCUGUUCUCCCUCAAGCAGCUCUUCGAGGACGAUAAAGACCUGGUGCCAGAGUUCGUGAAUUCAGAAGGCUUGACAUGUUUCAUCAAGGUUGGAACGGAGGCAGACCACAACUAUCAGAACUACAUUCUCCGAGCCCUCAGUCAGAUCAUGCUGUUUGUAGAUGGGAUGAACGGUGUGAUCGACCACAAUGACACUGUUCAGUGGCUCUACACUCUCAGUGGCAGUCUGUCUCGUCUGGUGGUGAAGACCGCUCUGAAGCUCCUGAUAGUGUUUGUAGAGUACACAGAGUUGAACAGUCCUCUACUUAUCCAGGCUGUCAACACUGUGGAUGGCAAGAGAGGUGUGAAGCCGUGGUCAUACCUGACAGAGAUCCUGGAGGAGAAGAACGGAUCAGACACCGAGCUGUUCAUCUUAACCAUGAACCUCAUCAACAAGACCCUUGCAGCCCUCCCGGACCAGGACUCGUUCUAUGACGUGACCGAUUGUCUGGAACAGCAGGGAAUGGAACACAUUAUGCACAAACACAUGAGCAGCAAGGUCACCGAGCCAGACCUGAAACAGCAGUUCACCAUAUACGAGAGGGCUCUGAGGCACGAGGACGGAGAGAUGGAUGCUGCUCCUCACGUCAGGAAGGAGAGGAGGAAGGUGACAGCCGGCGAACAGGAAGGCAGGAGGAUCAGGAGAUCCUCGGCUCAGAACCUCCCCGACAUCCUCUCCUCCUCACCUACCACAUCCAACACUAUCUCUCCCUCCUCCUCCACUCUCUCCCCUUCCACCUCCUCUCCUUUCUCUCCCUCCUCCUCCACUCUCUCCCCUUCCACCUCCUCCCCUUUCUCUCCCUCCUCCUCCUCUCCCUCUAACAGUCCUACAGCCGGGCUGAGUAGGACCUCCUCCCCUCUCCCCUCCUCCUCUCGUAGUGCCUCACCCCUCACCCCAACUUCCAGCCCAUCAGAAUCUGGUUCUCAGAAGUCCUCUCCUCUACCGCCCCCCGAGGUGACCAACGGUACUGCAGCCUACCUGUCUCCCACUGAACAGGAGCCCAAGACAACGUCUAACCUGGGGCGGUCAUUCCUCAGUCACCACAUGUCUGCCUUGGGGAUCAGUAGGAGGUCACGGCUCUUUAACAAGGCUGGUUCCAUCUCUGAGGAACCUGCUCCUUCUGCCUCUCGAGCCGCAAGCAGCCCGUCUCCUACUGACUUGGCUGGCCCUGAGAAGCAACAGCAGCCCCAGACGGUCCCAGAGCGACACGGGAACAAGACCGAGAGGAACACCUUCAGGUGAGUUCUGAUACUGAACCUCUCAGAGACCGGGGG